UAAUGAAAGCCAUAAACCUUUUAUAAAACAAUUUAUAUCGGCAGCCAACGAGCUACCCACCAAAAACACAAAACGAAAACAAGGGAGCAAAGUGCAAUCCCAACCAUUUUCUUCAGCGCAUGUAUAUAAAUUCAAAGAAAGAAGAGAGAAACCAGCUGUUGACGAGAGAAACAGAGGAGAGAUCAGAGAGGAGUUAAGUAUGGACUGCUGCAUUUGUAGUCCGAUGAUUGCAGUUUACAGGCCUCCAAGAAACACAAUCUGCUCUCGUUGCUACGAGGGAGCCCGGAGCAUGGUUGACUUCUUCAAGGAUGUUGAAAUCCCCGGCGGCGCCGGUGACCAAAAGGCUACCGGUUCUGAAAAGUCAAUCCCCGGCUCAGGCCCCGGCUCGUCAUCUAUGGGGAUGCUAGACGUUUACAAGAAGAUGAAGGAUCAUAGAGAGAAGGAAGGACAACUGAACGAACGGUUGGGCUUUGUAGAUGGGCUUUUGGGGGCAUUCAGAGAGGGAAUCCAUACAGACAUCCUUGUACAGGGUGGAAGUGGGCCCCCAAUACCAGCCCACAGGGCAUUGCUGGCAACAAGAUCCGAGAUUUUCAAGACCGUGUUGUCCUCAGACGAGUGCAAAGCCCCAGCAGACGGCACAAUCUCACUCCCAGAGCUAAGCCACGAAGAGCUCCAAUGCCUCUUAGAAUUCCUUUACUGUGGGACUCUAAAGCCCGACGACAAGGCGAACAACCACCUGUACUCGCUUCUAAUAGCCGCCGAUAAAUAUGACAUCCCCUACCUCAAGAGCUUCUGCGAGGUUCGGAUCCUUCGAUCUUUGGGCCCCGCCAACGCGCUCAGGGUGUUGGAGGUGUCGGAGAUUUGCUCGAAUGCGAAGCUAAAAGAGGAGGCGAUGAAUUCUGUUGUAAAGCAUAUGGAGGAUGUGGUUUUGUCGAGGGCUUACGAUGCUUUUGCGGUGAAGAAUGCGCAUUUGUGUGUUGAGAUUACAAGAGCUUUGUUGAUGGAGAUGAAGACCAAAAGGGAUGAUCAGACGUUCAUAGAUUCCUUUUGAGUGCAGAUUUGCGACUAAACUUGCUGUAUGAGCUAGAUAUCAGUUCACACGAACAUUUAAUAUGACAACAUACUUUAUACGUAAAUAAUAAUGUUAUGUGAUGAUGAGCAUCUUAAUUCGAAAGUUUGUGGUAUCAAUAGAUCAAUUUUCUAAAGAGCAAAGUUGUUCGAAGAGACAUUAGAUCUAGGAGAGAGAAUUUAUGUUUGUAUAUUUCAAAUUCAUAUAAUAUUUUAGUUGAGUUAUUCUCUUC